CUUAAAGGGUUUUUUUUUUUUUUGCAAUAAAUUUUAAACACAGUUUAAAGACACUAUUGACUAGUUGACUCUCUAUUACUGUUGUCUUUACACGUUUUACUUCCUUAUAAUUAAUUAAUACUUUGAUCAAGUUAGCAUAAUGUCGACACGUGAUCUUCCAAAGUCUAUUCCUGAUUUUUUCAUCGGUUGGACAAAGCAUCUUCCUAAUGAAAUUACCUUUGGGAAAUCCGCUGAACAGCUUGAAGCUGAAGCUCGUGAACAAAACCAGAAUGAACAUUUUGUCAAUGAAGAAAUCGUCACUAAAACAAAGAUGAGUUCUUUAUGGCCUGCCUUUGCUUCUGGUGCUGGUUUAUUCUCUGAUGGUUAUGUUAAUAAUUCCAUUGGUACUGUGAGUUUUGCUCUUAAAAAGUUGUAUCCAACUGAAAUGGCCGCCAAUAACUCCUUAAGUAAUGUUUCCUCGAUUGCCUUUGCUGGUACUGUUCUUGGUAUGUUGACUUUUGGUUAUGUUUCUGAUCGUAUUUCCAGAAAGUGGGGUAUGCUUUUCACUAACGCCAUGUUGAUCUUAUUCACCAUUCUUACUGCUGCUGCCACUUGGGGUGCUAAUGGUAGUAUUUACGGUUUAUUGGCCGCCAUCACAGCUUUCAGAUUCUUAUUGGGGGUUGCCAUUGGUGCUGAAUAUCCAACUGCCUCAGUCAUUUCCGCUGAAUUUGCUAAUCAAUUACCAGCUGGUAACAGAAACAGAUAUUUUGUUUGGUUUACAAACACCAUGAUUGAUUUGGGUUUCGUUGUUUCUGCCUUUGUUCCUUUAGUCUUGUUAUGGAUCUUUUCUGAAAAGCAUUACACUGCCAUUUGGAGAUUAACCUUGGGUUUGGGUGCUAUUCCUCCAAUUUCUCUUUUCUUUAUGAGAAUGAAGAUUGCUGAAGGUGAAUCUUUCAAGAAGAUGAACUUUAACAACAAGGAAAACAAAGCUUCUGUCCCAUACCUUUUAAUUCUCAAGUUCUAUUGGUUUAGAUUGGCUGUUGUUUCUAUCAUUUGGUUCAUCUAUGAUUUCUCUGCCUACUCCUUCGGUAUCUAUUCCUCUUUUAUUCUUGAAAACGUUGUUCCAGAUGGAAGUGUCUACAAGACCUGGGGUUGGAAUGUUGUUUUCAACCUUUUCUAUAUGCCUGGUGCCAUUUUGGGUGCUUUAGCUGCCGAUUACAUUGGUCCUCGUUUGACCUUGGCCAUUGGUGUUGGUUUGCAAGGUGUUGUUGGGUUUGCCAUGGCUGGUAGUUACGACUCUUUGAGUAAGCAUCUUGGUGGUUUCGUUGUUGUUUAUGGUAUUUUCACCACUCUUGGUGAAUUUGGUCCAGGUGAUAACAUUGGUUUGUUAGCUUCCAAGACUUCUGCCACCCCAAUCCGUGGUCAAUACUACGGUAUUGCUGCUGCCUUUGGUAAGAUUGGUGCCUUUGUUGGUACUUGGGUCUUCCCACACAUUCUUGACAAAUACGGUAACCAAGGUGCUUACUAUAUUUCUUCUGCCUUGUGUCUUUUCUCCGCUGCCCUUGCCUUAUUCUUCUGUCCUUCUGUCGGUCAAGAUGCUCUUAACAAGGAAGAUGGUGAUUUCAUCAGAUACUUGGAAGCUUCUGGAUAUGAUAUUUCCAAGUUGGGUAAUGGUGAAAUUACUCAUGAUAUUGAAUCUGAAUCUUACGAUGGUUCUUCCAACAAAAAGACUCAUGAAGUUAUUGUCAACACUGAAGACAAGGCUUCUCUUUGAGAGGUUACCCCCCCCCCUAUUUAAUUUAAAUAACUAAUAACAGUA